UGUUCUAGUAAUUUCUGAUUAAAAAAAAGCAAUAUUGCAUUAUGCAAAACAAUAGUUUAAACCAGAUGAUUUGGUGAUUUUAGAAAGAUUUGAGAUUUUCUAGACAUUACAUGUGACAAUAAGAGUAUUGUUUUGUUCUUCACAGGUUGAUGGAAAACUACACCUACGACAGCUUCACACUCCAGCUGGAGGGGUUAAAUGUUUCCAAAGAUUCUCUGUACUCUGUGUUUCUCCUCUUCUUUUUCUCUUACCUGUUCUUAAUGGUUGCAAAUGUAGGCAUUGCUGCUCUAGUUUUCAUUGACAGAAACCUUCACCAGCCCAUGUACCUCCUUUUUUGCAACCUGCCCUUCAAUGACAUUCUUGGAAAUUCUAUCAUGGUGCCUCGUUUGCUUCUAGACAUGUUGAGGCCUCCCUCCGAGCGCCUCAUCAGUUAUUAUGAAUGUGUGGUCCAAGCUUUUACCUCACACAUGUUUGGUACCACCACCCACACAGUGCUCAUGAUUAUGGCCUUUGACAGAUACGUGGCCAUCUGUAAUCCCCUGCGCUACGCCGCUAUAAUGACCAACAAAAUGGUGAUCAAGCUGACGGUUUUCGCCUGGGGGGUGGCCUUUGUUUUGGUGGCCAUUCUGCUCGGUCUGACUGUACGACUGAACCGAUGUAGGACUCUGAUCACAAAUCCUUACUGUGACAAUGCCUCGCUGUUUAAACUCUCCUGUGACAGUGUGUUUAUUAAUAAUGUGUACGGCCUCACCUUCACCGUGGUCCUGUUCACAGGUUCUAUAGGCUGCAUGGUUCUCACCUAUACCAAGAUCACAGUAGUCUGUCUGACCAGCAACAACAAGUCUUUGAACAGUAAAGCCUUGAAGACCUGCAGCACUCACCUGGUUCUGUAUCUGAUCAUGUUGAUCAGUGGAUUUAUUGCCAUUAUUCUGCAUCGCUUCCCUCAAUACUCAGACUACAGGAAACUUUCUGCCAUUCUGUUCCACGUCAUCCCCGCCAGCCUCAACCCCAUCAUCUACGGCGUGCAGUCAGCAGAAAUCUGCAAAUCCUUGUCCAAAUUAUUCCGAUCCAAACCAGUUGUGCCAUUAUUCUGAAUUUUAAAGUUAGUAUUUGAACUUGAAGAAUAAACAUUUACAGAAUGAGAAAAAUCACCAAAUGUGUACUGAACUGCCUUAUUUCAUUUCAAACAUGUGUUACUUGUGUUUGUGUUUUUUAAGAAAUAUGCCAAUUUACUUAUAAAUAACCCAUCCACCCAUUAUCUAUACCUGCUUGUGUUUAUCAGGUUCAUGGGGGGCUGGAGCCCACACCAGAUCACUUUAGGUGAGAGGCAAUGAAAAAGUCCUGAAAGUGUGCACUAGCUAAAAGCUCAGGGAAAGCAUACAGAAUGAGGAGGUGGAAUUAAAGGUCCCAUAUUGUAGAAAGUGAGAUUUUCAUCUCUUUUGUAUUAUAAAGCAG